AUGGAAUAAGAGAUAGAUGAAUCUUCAAUUUAUCUGAAAAAGCCAGCAGACACAUCUUUAAGUAUCCAUUCUGUUUACGAUUUCUUAAGUAAAGAAAAGGAGCGUUCAAGUUAAAAAAAAGGAAGAGAUAACGCUGCAAGUUACUCUAAAUUUCAUCAAUAUUGUGAGAAGGUGUUGGAUAAAAGAAAAAAUCUUAAAUUAGAUGAUUAAAUAUCAAAAUUAAAGACAAAAUAGCUCCUAGAAUUAUUUGAAUCAGAUAACUAAAGCUCAAAAUAGAUUUUUAAAUUAACUUAAUAAAUAACAUAUCUUCAAAAUAAAAUAUGGGACUUAGAUAUUGUUGAAUUGCAAUCGAUAAAGCAUCUAGUUCCAGUCUAUGAAGAACUGUUUGAUAAGUUAAAAAAUUUGCCUAACUAUCUCGACAGACAAAAUAGGUUCUAAAAUAUUGUUUUAGAAGUUGCUCAAGAUUUAAAUUAGAAUACCAAGUGA